UUAGCUAGGGAUGUACACUGAUCAACUCCACCAACAUAAAUCACAUGUACAAAGCUCGUAUUUAUGGCUGGAUAUUUUUAUGUUGGAUUAACUCAGCUGAUGUUGUAACGUGAUUUUGAAAGAUUCCUGGAAAUGAAUUGAUAUUUUGACAACAUUAAGACUCUUUUGAUCGUUAACUUUUUGGUUGAUUGUGUGAAGGGAUUAUCUAGCUAAAAAAUUCGCGGGUUUUGUGAUUUUGCCAAAUACGAUUCUUGAUUAAAUUAACUAGAGAUUGUCUACGUAAAUUCGCCUGCAUUUAGUGUUAAAUAACAUGUACAUUCAUCCAUUUAAAUCAAUCUAUAUGUCGUUUUAGUUGGUCUCCGAUGGCUUAAUACAAAUAAACCGAUUCUAGCUUUGUUUAUUGUGCAGCUCGAUUUCUAAAAUAAAUAUAAUGUCGAACUAUUGUGACCGAAACACAAUUACGCCAUAACGAUAAUUGAUGUUAGUAUUUGGGGACUUUUAAAGGUGGAUCUUAUAUUUUAUACUUUGGUCAUUUAUGAAUUCUGAAGUUAUUCUUGGAAUGGUUUUGUGAAAUAAUACUCAACAAAACCCCGAACCUGCCAUGAUGACUUUAAUACAAGGGUUUUCAUUAUCUAUAGGCUGGUUAAUCAUUCUAACCAUUAGCCCCUGUCUAUCCAGUAACCCGGGUGUUGUUAAAACUUAUUCAAAGAAACGGUCUGAUAUGUUAACGGGUAUAUUGCGGAAACUUGAAGGUAAAGAUAGCAGGGUGCCUCCUAACUUUGAUAACGAUUUACCUACAGUUGUUCAAUGUCAGAUUUUUGUGGACAGUUUUGAUUCUGUUAGUGAGGCAGCAAUGGAUUAUUCAGUUAGUGUCCUGAUGGAGCUCUCGUGGAUACAGCCUGAUUUGUCUUAUAGUUUUGAGGUUGAUUAUUUUGAAAUAGACAAUAAACACAUGGAACAGAUAUGGCUACCAGACAUUUAUUUCCCCAAUGAGAAGAUUGCCGCAUUCCAUAAAAUAAUGACACCAAAUAAAGUAGUCAGAUUGUACGCUGAUGGACGAUUGUCAUUCUAUGCAAGGUUAUCAUUAACUAUGUCGUGUCCAAUGAAUCUACGAAAAUAUCCAUUUGAUAAACAAAUAUGUGCCCUACAGUUAGAAAGCUUUGGUUUUGAUAGAGAAAAAGUAUUACUAGAAUGGGCUAAGAAUGAAACACCAGUAGCUAUCAAUGAUCAUAUUAUUCUACCACAAUUUGAAGUGGUUAGGAAUGAAAGCGGUCUUUGUGCCAAAUCCCAUCCGCGACUAGGUAACCACAGUUGUUUAGAAGCCAAGUUCCAUUUGGAGAGAAAUAUUGGCUAUUACAUCAUACAGAUGUAUAUACCUAGCAUACUUAUCGUCGUCAUUUCCUGGAUCUCAUUUUGGUUAACUGUGACGUCAGUGGCGGGAAGAAUCUCAUUGGGUGUUUUAACGGUUCUGACGAUGACGACACAGAGUUCAGGGGUCAAUGCCUCGUUACCUCGUGUAUCGUACACCAAGGCUAUAGAUAUUUGGAUGUCGACCUGUUUGCUGUUUGUUUUCGGUGCUUUGAUUGAGUUCGCUGUUGUAAAUGUUUUAAGUCGAAAUAAAGAAGCUACCGAAGCGAACAGUACAACAGAACAAAUUGGAGCUAAGCUGGAAAAUGGACCCUUUAUGAAUGAAACGAUGGUUAUGAUUGGGGGUGGAGUCAGAUUUGCUGAAGAAGAGAAGAAAGCAAUAAAGAGGAUAUCGGGUUUACAAUGGGCCCAGCUGAUGGAUAAUAUUUCACGAUUUCUCUUCCCGUUUAUAUUUAUAUCAUUUAAUAUAGUUUAUUGGACGUAUUAUUUAACAACCUUUGGUGAAGAACUAUUUAUGGGUGGUAUAUAGUUUCCGAUUGCGGACAUGUGAUCAAAACGCUUGAUUACAAAGAAAAUGAGAAUAUUGUUAGCUCUGAAAUCCUAAUUUUAAUGAGAUGUGGUAUCAAAUGUUCUAGAAAGAGUAAGCAUAUACAACACCCGCCAAGAAUUAUAGAUACAACUUGGAUCUGAAUUAUGGAUGAAACUCCAGUAGGUGUAUUUCAAUAGAACAGAGAAGACACUCUUCGUGUGAUCAUAUUUGUAAAUAUUAUUAACUAUCUAAUUACAAUUAGAUUACAAUUUCGUUUCGUUUAUUUGGUUCUGAUGUUGCACUACUUCUAUGACCACCGUGUUCUGCAAGAGACCGUGGUAAUAUUAGCUUGUUAUACUCUAACAACAAACCCUGUCAGAUACUUCAAAUUCCCACAUUUCAGCUCAGACAAAUACGAUUAUUGGUCAGUAUGUUCUUUUUAUCUGACCGCCAACUUUAAAACUAAUUAGAUCUUUAUGUAUAAAAAUUAAAACGAAACACAAUAUGCAUAAACUGACACUAUAUCUGUAAAUCAGUGCUUUGGGAUAAUUUAACUGUUAUUGUAAUACACUGUUUAUAGUGAAUGAAUGGCCAAUGUAUAUUUCCGCAGUAUUUAAAUUUAUAUCACAUUGAUUGGCUUGACCAAUAUAUACAUACCCCCUAUUUAGACUUGUAUAUCACAUUGAAUGGUUGACCAUUGUACAUAGUCCUACAAUAACCCACUAUUUGGAAUAAUAUAGAUCACAUUGAUCGACGUAUGGUUUAACUUACCGCGUGCUAGAGCACAAGGUCUGACACAGAGUCAAGUGGCGUGGUUUCGAUUCCGCGCUUGUACGUGACGAGGAGUAGGAUCGUAUGUCCAACCUCGUGGGUUUUCUCUGGGUUGUCCGGUUUCCUCCCACAGCUAAAGACCCCUUCGCGGAAGCAAAUUAUUGAAAUAAAAUUGAACCGUAUUUUAGUCCAGAUAUGACCCAGGUUGGGCCGAGUGGACGUUAAACCCAAUUUCUCUCUCUCUCACGUUUUCUUUAGUAGGAAUUCCGAACUACGAUCUCCAUUCGACGGUAUAUUAAUACAUAAGGUCUAACGGACAUCAACCAGGUGGACGGUUUAACCCACAAGGUAGGAGAGGUUAUUUACCAACGAGAAUGAGAAUUACCAUUAAGAAUCAUCGGCCUACUUGCCCACUUUCGUCUACGAAAAUGAAAUAGUUCGAAAUCUCGUUUAUUUUUGUUGCUCAAACUGGAUAUCCUUGACAUACGUUAGAUGUCAACUCCCUAUGGAAGGGGGGAGAGAGAGAAAUGGGGUUUAACUCCACUCGAGACAUUUCAAUAAUUCCCUUGCACGUAGGGGUCUUUAGCAGUGGGAGAAAACCGGAAGACCCGGAAAAAACCCACGAGGUUGGUCAGGCGACCCUAUACUCGUUGUCACGUACAACCGGGGAUUCGAAACCACGCCAGUUGACUCAAUGACAGGCCUUAUGAUACAGCGCGCACUUGCUAACCAUUCGCCCCCCCCCCCCCUAUGGAAGGAACUGGAAGGCUAUAAAUAGGGCCAUUCGUGUUAAUAGUCAGGGUUUACGUAUGCAGAAAAAUGAUAUUCGUAUGAUACUAUUUUGAAUGCAAAAAUGUACAUGAAUAUGAUUUUAUUGUAAAAUAAUUGAAAAGCUGUAAAAUAUAUAUGUUGCUUAUUAUUAAUAUGCUAUUUAUAUAUUAUAUAUGUAUCAAUACGUACAUUGAGGACAUAAUGCGUGAGGAAAGCCCACUCCUGCACGUGCACCUAGUGUAUACAUAAUCAUUAACAAAUACCCCUUAUUGUUAAAUUCAUAACGAAUGUAUAUUAUUAUAAAUUAUGCAAGUAAUGACUACAACUUUGAUUUUAGGCAAUUCAGUAUUAUAUUUUCCGUGUUGAAUGCUAGUUUCUCUGGUAAUUCUAAAUAUUUUAUGAGAUAUGUGUAUAUCUGUAUUAUUUAAUAUUAGCAUAACUCCGAAACCGGAUGUGGUAGUCUAGGUCUAUAUUACUCCCCGGUCCGAGCUACCCCUAUACAUCAAAUUUCAGCCUCGGGACAGCCCCAGUGUAGCCGCCUGCCCCGAACAAACAGUCAAACAGAAAUACAAACGGC